AUGACUCUCUCUGUCAGUGCUGCCUCCUAUAACAAGCGUGUCAUAAGCGAUGAUGUUCAAAGCUGUAUCAAUGGCCUAAAUACCGCUAAUUCUAAUCUUUUGGGACUUACCGAUGCUGUUAAAGGGUUCACUAGUGCCGCUGGUUAUGGCGGUGCUAUUGCUCUCCAUAAGCCUGUGGAGGCUCUUGAGACUCUUCUUAAAUCCAUCAACACGGCUUGCUGUUCUAUCACUACUACUGUCUCUCAUGAAGAAGCUACUACUGUAUUUGAUCUUGUAGCCGAUUUCGUCCCUAAUGUUACCGGUUCUCUUGACGUUAUUAUUUCCAAAAAGCCCGAAUUUGCUGCAGUCCUUUUUGCUGACAUUAUUAUCAAAAACGACGUUAAGGUGUUGGCCGAUCUCGUCAAGAAGUUGGAUAGUUGUCUAAUUUCCGCUGCUCCUGAAGAUCUUCUUGAUAGUGCUCAAGCCUACAUUGAUGUCAUUGAUGCUAAGCUUGAUAGUGCAUUCACUGCCUACGGUAUCACCGCUUGA